AUGAUUGCCCAUAAGCUGACUCCCGACCGGGUCUUGAUGGGACGGCCAGUAGCACCAGCCUACGCGAGACUCCCCAAACAUUUCAGUGGCUCUUCCUACAACAUCUCUCCCCUAUCAACGACGCAUCUCCAUCUCCUUCCACUCUCCCUGCCAGUAGCCGCCCCUUUUCGCGUCUCCACGACGAAGGGAGGACACCUGCACAGGAUCAUGCGGCGAGCAGCCAGUACGAAGCGCAUCUCCCGGACACCGUUUUCCAGAAGCCCGCGCGUCUUCGCAGCACACGCGCUGUACAGAGCUACGAGAAGCCCUGACAGUGUCGCCCCAAGACGCAGUGCAACCAAUCCAGGUCCAGAAUCUUACUCCAGCUCUACCCAUUUCGAGCCCGAUCAAGGACCAUCCUCACCGAAUGGUGAUAGAAAUGGAUCCCGUCACUCGGAAUCCUCCGGCUCGUAUGAGGAGCAUGGUCCCAGGACACGAUUCGAUACUUCAGGUCAGAAUGAUCAGUCCACAAUUGGCUCGAAGAUGCUUGAAUCAGCUGCAACAGCCUUUGCGUCAAUUAUUGUGCUAGGCACCGGCUUUGGACUCGGUGGCUAUUUAUAUCAUAAAUUUUACAAAUGGAUGGUUCUACAGAAGAUAGAGGGUGCCUUCAAGCCAGGCGAUCCUGUUUUAGAACUGGCUGCGAUUGGAAAGCAGAUUCCUAAUUCAAUCACCACCAGCAGAGGGCAAGAGAACGAUGAUCAUUGGAUCUUACGAGAUGAGCAAGUGAAGAUUGAUCGCAUUGUUGAUGGUACAGAACGAGGACACUAUCAUCUCCUGAUUGGAGAGAAGGGAACCGGGAAAAGCUCUAUGCUUCUCGAUGCUAUGAAGAAAGUCGACGGAGAAGGUAUCAGCAUGUUUGAAGCGCAUGCAGAUCUUGAAAUCUUUCGGAUUCGCCUCGGCAAGGCUCUUGACUAUGAAUUCCACGAGGAUUACAUUGGCUCUUACUUUUCGGAGAGGGGUCCCAGAGAUACUACUGCGUUGUUAGACAUUGAAAGAGCCUUCAACAAGCUUGAAAAGGUGGCGUUAAAGAGACGAAAAGACGUUGGACGACCACUUGUCGUGAUUAUCAAUGCAGUUCAUCUCUUAAGAGACGACGAAGACGGGAGAGACCUACUUGAGCUUCUGCAACAGCGCGCCGAGCAGUGGGCAGCAAGUAAUCUGGUAACUAUGGUGUUCAACAGCGAUGAUUAUUGGGUAUAUGAACGGCUUAAAGUUCUCGCGACACGUAUGGAAGUAACUUCCGUUACCGACCUCCCUAAACCUCAGGCGAUGUCCGCACUGGCUAAAUAUAGACAGAGAUACUUUGCAGAGACACCCGAGUCAAAAAUUCUGACUGAAGUGUACAACCGUGUUGGUGGACGGCUGACGUAUCUGAACCGCGUCGCCAAAUCCAAAGACAUGCUGGAGACAUGCAACUUAAUCAUUGAUACCGAGAAGCGAUGGUUUCUCAAUCAAUGCUGGAUUCUGGGUAUGGAGAUGGAUGACGACGUUAUGGAUCAACAGAAAUACGCUUCGGCUGCGAUGGUUCUCGCCCAAGCACUCGUAAAAGCGGAAGAUGCCCUGCAAGCUUCACCAAACGCAUCACCUCACCAAAUUCCUCAGAUCCCUCUUCAUAAAGCCCGAGAGAUUAUGACCCGAGCAGAUUUUAUUAAACAGUAUGACCACGUAAAUCUUUUCACUAUCACAAGCACUGCUUUCGUGCGGGCAGAUUCCGUCCCUAUGCAAAGAGCCUUUCGCGACAUAUGUUCUCAAGAAGGCUUCGACGAGCACCUUGAAGGAACUCUUCAACGAAUUGCUGAUAUCGAGUCUUUGGGCCGAACGAGAGAACUGGUAGCGAAAGAUUUGGUUCUGGGAGGGAAAUAUAACAUUGUGAUGAAAGACGGCGUGCGUAGAGGGGAAAAAGUAACGGAGGUUACGCUUGAGGAAAAGCCCGACGCAGAUGACGAGAAAAAUGAAUGA